UUGAGGACAAACCACCCACCCUUAAAUCCCAAGGGUAUAAACCCAUUCAAAAAAACCCACUUUGGGUUGGCUUUGAGGAGAAUUGGGGGAACGGACCCUUUUCCUCGUUCUACCCCGAGAAAAGCCUCAAAGGGGACUGUCCUUUGGGAAGUUGGGAUACUUAGGCUCACAAGUGACUUCCUGGAAUGAUUCUUAUAUCGCAUAUCCUAAAAUAUGUAUUAGGGAAUUUUAAUCCAUCCAGGAUACACUCAUGAUUUGAACAGGUGAAAUGCUGAUCCAGAGCUCCCUUCCUAAUUCUAUCAGUACACCACUAUCUUUUGCAUCUGAAUAUGAAGAACAGCAGAACAUGGACUUAUAUGAUCGGUCACACUAUGGUGAAACUUGGCAGAGGCCUCCAAUUUGUGAUGAAUGCCCGUUGGAUAGCUGCAGAAAAGCUAUAACUGUUGGAGAGGAAGAAAGCAAAUUAUCUAGUUUGCGGUUUAUAGAAUUCUCAACCUGUUCUGAUAUAUCAAGUGCGAACAAAAUGUGUGCCAGUUCUGUGCCCAAGCGGGACAGUCUCGUCUACAAACGAAGGAAGCUGCAGAGGAACACUGUUGCUCUUCUAUCUGAAGAAAAUGCAACAGAAAGUACUAAAGAAAGUGCCAGCUAUCAUUCUAGCAUAACUUCUGAAGACCAUCCCUUGAGAGUCCAGAAAGAUGGCCUUGAUAGAAAUACGACUAUACUUGUAAGUUCCGGAGAUACUCAUGAUGAUGGAAAUUUAUCAAUUUGUGAACAAAGCAAUCUACAGGAUCCAUCUCCAAAUACUGUGCCCGGUAAGAGAAGUUCUAUUCAAGAUGACAAAGUGCCUGUAGAAUCAUCUAUCAGCUGUCUUCAGAAAUCUUCUCCAGAGCACAAUGCUGGUACAAUUGACCGAUAUUCAUCAUCAAAAUCUAUCAUUGGACAUGGUUCAGAUCUCAUAAAAACUGAGAUGGAGGACCCUAGUGAGUGCUCUUCAUCAGAUAAUGUUGGUGCAGAACUAUUCUGGGAGUUUACUUCAGCAAAAGAGUUAUGCAUCUCUGUGCUUAAACAUCAUGGAUUGCUUGGGGGAGUACGGGAUACCAGUGCAUGUGCUUCUUUAGAAGUCCUAGGCAACGAUGAUGCCAUGCCUUCUCAACCAUGCAAAAUAUGCGGUCAUUUGGAAAAUCCAUUGAAGAUGCUAAUUUGUGACAAUUGUGAAGAAGCAUUUCAUGUGUCUUGUUGCAAUCCUAGAGUACGAAAACUACCAGUUGAUGAAUGGUAUUGUCAGCCUUGUUUCAAAAAGAGACCAAAGUCUGUUCUAGAUCACAAAUCUGGAAAAACAAUUAAAAUCAUGGGCGAAAUGUCUGGGCAUAGGAAAACAAUGUCUCAUGGGGAUCUAAAUCCAAUAUCUUUCAUGUUGAGUGACAGUGAGCCAUAUACAUCUGGGGUUCGAAUUGGUAAAGAUUUUCAAGCAGAAGUUCCUGAGUGGUCUGGUCCAAUUUUUGGUGAUUGCGAUUCUUACUGGGAACCCUUGGAAGUGGAUCCUGCUGAAUAUUUUAGUCUGGAUGGUUGGAACUUUUACAAGCCAUCCAAAUCCACUUCUAUCGGUAAUUGGGUCCAGUGUAGGGAGGUAAUUUAUACAAGCGAGAAUGAUGAUGGGACUAUAUGCGGCAAGUGGCGUAGUUUUGGACCUGCUUUUAGAUUACAACCACAGUCCUGUUUAAAGUGGCUUUCAUGUCAGUUGACCGUACGUAGCGGUUACCGUGGCUUACAAAUCAAAGUAUGGGUAUCUGUACAGACACAAGUCAAUUCCCUUUACUUCCUUGCUUUGUUUUCCUUUUUCAUUUUAAAAUAUCGUAUGGUAUUCUUUUACUUAACUCUUUUGUUCAUCUUUCUUUUAUUCUUUUUUGUUUCUUUAUUCAGUUUCUUUAAGGGGAAACAUAUCAUAUUAAAUCUUACUGGCUGGAGGUAUAUGUGAUCAUCCUUUGCUGGGUAGGUUUAUUCAGGUUUUUGUAUCAUGAUUUUGUCUAUAAACAUAACCAUCAAACCUUGUCGCAACUAUUUGGGGUUGGCUUUGUGAAUCCUCAUUCACCAAGCAUUUUAUUUAGGACUACCUUUAAUGCCAUUCCAGGCUUUUCCAUGUUUAGAUUGUGAACUGUUGCAUAAGAUAGGGGAUCCUCUAGUGUUCAUGGAUAUUGGAUACUGAACUUUAAUUCAUUUUAUAGUUUUACCUGCUUUUUAUAACUGGAUGUUAGUGUCAACCCUCUAAUCUUACCACCUGGGCUCGUAAGUGUUCUUUUCCUUGACCCAUAAAUAUCACCAAAGUUCUGGAGAUAUAAGAGAGAGAGAGAGAGGGAAGGAGAGGGAGACAGAGCGAGAAAGAGGGAGAGAGAUGGGGGGGAAUGGGGGAGAGGGAGAGGGAGAGUAAAUCUCCCUUAAAUCAAUAAUGGAGGAGUCAAAAUGAAAGUCUAUUCUAUCUGUAAUGUAUAAAAUGUCUAUAAACCAAAUACCAAUUGUUAGGGAGGGUCCCUUUCCAAUGUUCUUUUAAAUCUUUAUUUAGCUAAGUUUUGUAUCUAAAUUCUUGGACAACUUCCAUCAUGUCUGAUUCAAGUCUUUCUGCAGUUCUUGUCUUCAUCUAAAGUUAAGCCCUUUUACUAAGGCUUUAUUUGGUUUUUGCUGCAUGCAUUAAUACAAUGUCAUAUGAUUCUCCAGCAAGUUAUUCUUUAUUCUGGAAACUCCUGAGUUUCUUGUUACCUCAUGUCUCCCAUCAACAUUCUCAUUUUUGUGACAUUAUGUGCAUGAAUCCUUUUUAUCGUCCAAGAUGCUGACCAAUAUGCAACAACGUCAGUGUAUUUCAUGUAGUUCAAAAUUUCAAAUUCUUCCAAAGGUGCCCACCAUAUGUCUGUCUUUUUUUUUCUUUUUGGAGUAAAGCUAUAGCCUUUUUGGUUUGACAUCUCUCACUUAUGUAUGUUUUUGAUGAUUCCAUAUAAGCUUCACUCAAGGCCUUUCUUAUGCAGCCAAAAGACGAGUCAUUUAUCUUUUACAACGAAGCCAGUUGCUUCUUGUUACAACUAUGAUAGCAAGUGACAAUUAAAAGUUCAAAUUGUCAAGUGGAGGUUGCUUAUGGAGUAGAACUCUAAAUGUUCUAUUACUUUUUUUUUGGUAGAAAUUUGGAAGAGUCUAUUUGUCAAAUGCCUUCAGAAGGUUUGCUAGAGAAAAAUUUAUGUGAAAGGGUUACUUCAUGUAACGACAAAUCUUAAAUUAAGUAAUUUAUGUCUCGCUAGUGCAUCCAUAUACUGUACAUAAGCAUCAACAAGGACUAUUAAUUCUCAAAGAUUUUGGAUUCUCAAAUUUCAUACUUGAGAUUUUACAUUUAUUUAGGAUAUUUUAUACUCUUUCGGGAUUUAAAUGUUAUAUUUGAUAUUAUUGGCAUGAGUGAGAUUUAAUACUCCAACUAUUCCAUCGGAGCUCAUCAGACUUUUAGUAUUUGUUUGGAAGGUUUCCCAAGCUCAGUUUUCUGCACAAAACUAUUGUAAUUUCAUCAUCCUUGGUUUAAAAACACACACACUUUUUAACUUAUAUAUACUUAUUAUCAUCUUCUUGACACUCCUUAAUCCUUAUCUAGAUCUUGGACACCCCUACACUCUUGUUUUCUUGACGCAUUCCUUCUUGCAUAGGGUGUUAUUAGUUUAUGGAUAAGGAUGAUUACAUUUUAUCUAAUGUGCCUCUCCAGUAUCAUUGCUGCUUUUGCAUUUGAGUGACGUUUAGAAGUUCUUGAUAUAGUGCAGAAAAUGCCUUUUCAUUUGUUGCAGUUGUAUCACACUUGAUUAGGCGUUUAUACUUUCUGUAGUUAUUUCUGUGUGCUUUCCAAAUUUCCAGAACCCAAUUCUCUCAAUGGCAUGCUUAAUGAGACAACUAUUCUUUCUCUAAUAGUUAAAAAAAUAUCUAUAUUGAUUGGGAAACAUGUGUGAAAAGAAGAAAAGGAAUAAGACAAAUAUAAAUAAUCACAAUAAGCAGCCACGAGCCUAACCCCAAUCAGUACUCCUAAAUGACAGAAAUUCUUGCCACCAGUAGCUGCCCAGUCUUUAAUAAAGGAAGUCUAAAAAAUAGCAUAAUAAAUUGUUAGUAGAAGCAUUAUUAGAAUUUUUAGUACUAAUAGGAUCAGUAUUUAAUCCCAUGUGGCUACUUUAUUGAGCUACAGAAAGUAUUAGUCGUAUCCCAGCUUUCAUGAGCAGAACCAGGCUGGAGCACAUGCCAGGCAAAUGAACUGGCAGUACUCGGCUAGCAGUAACAUACAGUUGCAAACUAGAAUUGUAAUUUGUCGUUCAUUAACAGCCUAGAUAUGUAAUUUGCAGCUUGUAAGAGGCGGACUGAUGCAACAAGCAGCUACCAGAAUGAGUUCUUGUCCUUUAAAUAAUAGAAAUUGUGCGAGUAACAGUCAGUUAGAAAUGCAAACUAUGUAACAUGAUGCUCUCUGCUUCCA